AUGUUGUCCCGAACCCGUCUAUCCCGUGAAAAAAUUUUACGGGCAUUUUGUCCCAUGUCUAAUAUUAAUUUGCUGGCAACUGAUUUGGAAAAAUAUUAUGGAUAUUGUCCGUUAACCAGUUACGGUCAAUACGGUAUCGAACACUGUCAUGGUGUGCCAUCGAUUCCAUGCAAUGAAUCCGUAUCAGUUGUAUUAUUACACCACCAUUUUAUGUUCAAACAUGACUUAACGAAUUCAGCUGCCAAUCAAUUAGUUCAAGCAAUGUUAAGAGCAUUACCGCGGCAAACAACAAAAUUAUUCCUUCCAAAAGAUAAAAUAACAUUGACAUAUCAACUACAAAAUAAUUAUCGGCAUCAAUGUCCAUUAACAUAUAGUGGUUUGGCUUUAAACUUACAAGGGCAUCAAAAUUUAAGACAUUUUCCGUGUGAAUCAAAAGAAAAUAAUUUACUACUAUUGCCACAUUUAGGCAAAUUAAAUUCAAAAAUCAAAAUAUUUCAACAUCUAACAAUACAUCAUAAUCUACUUGAUUCUAUCGCUAUGAAAAUAAUCAAACUAAUUGACAAUAUUGGUGAAACGAUUACAUUUGAUCUCAAUGAUCAAUUAACAAAUAAACAAAUACAUCAUAAAAAAUAUAAAGAUUAUUGCCCAUUUAUAUAUCAAAAUGAUGAAAAUCAUCGUGAUGGCAUAAAUAUUAUUCGAUGUAAAAUGUUAAAUCCUUAUAAGAAAGUGAAUCUCUAUUCACAUUUGACAACAUCACAUCAAUUAUCAGCGUUAGACGCAAGAAAAGUAAUCCUUGCACUUAUGAAUGUUACAUCACCAGAAACAGCAAUGGUAACACCAUAUCAUCAAGUGACAAUGAUGAAAAAACAUCAUUUCAAUGAUAUUUCAAAUCGAAACAACAGUAAUCAUAUAGAGUCACAUCAUCAUUAA